AAACCUUUGAUCACAGUUUAUUCAGAAAGAACAGAAGCUUCAAUGGAUGCAGUUGUGGUCCUAGUGCUUGGUCUCUCCUGUCUCCUUUUUCUUUCAUUCUGGAGACAGAGUUCUCAGAGAGGGAAUCUCCCACCUGGCCCUACUCCUCUACCAAUUAUUGGAAAUAUCCUGCAGAUAGAUAUUAAAAAUAUCACCAAGUCCUUAACUAAUCUCUCAAAAGUCCACGGUCCUGUCUUCACCUUGUAUUUGGGCAUGAAGCCCACUGUGGUGCUGCAUGGAUAUGAAGCAGUGAAGGAAGCCCUGGUUGAUCUUGGGGAGGACUUUGCUGGAAGAGGGAGUAUCCCAAUAUUUGAAAAAAUUAAUAAAGGUCUUGGAGUAAUUUUUAGCAGUGGAAACAGUUGGAAAGAGAUUCGGCGCUUCUCACUCAUGACCCUGCGGAAUUUGGGGAUGGGGAAAAGGAGCAUUGAGAGCCGUGUUCAAGAAGAAGCCCGCCACCUAGCGGAGGAGCUGAGAAAAACCCGCGGCUCACCCUGUGAUCCCACUUUUAUUCUGACCUAUGCUCCCAGCAAUGUGAUCUGUUCCAUUAUCUUCCAGCAUCGUUUUGAUUAUAAUGAUCCAAUUUUUCUUACCAUUAUAAAAAUAAUGAGUGAAAAUGUGAAGAUUCUGAGUUCUCCAUGGAUGCAGGUCUACAAUAUUUUUCCUGCUCUCAUUGAUUAUCUUCCAGGGAGUCAUAACACAGUAAUUAAAAAUGUGGAUUAUGUAAAAAAUUAUGUUGUGGAGAAAAUAAAAGAACACCAAGAAUCAUUAGAUGUUAACAACCCUCGGGACUUUAUUGAUUGUUUCCUGAUAAAAAUGGAGAAGGAAAACAACAGUGAAAUUUUGAAGUUUACUCAUGAAAACUUGGCUAUCACUGUGUCUGAUUUGUUUGGUGCCGGGACAGAAACAACAAGCACAACACUGAAAUAUGCUCUCCUGCUCCUGAUGAAACACCCAGAGGUUGUAGCUAAGGUCCAGGAAGAGAUUGACCGUGUGAUUGGUAGGCACAGGAGCCCCUGCAUGCAGGACAGGAGCCACAUGCCCUACACAGAUGCUGUGUUGCAUGAGAUCCAAAGAUACAUUGACCUCAUCCCAAUCAAUCUGCCCCAUGCAGUGACUCGUGAUGUUAAAUUCAGAAACUACACCAUUCCCAAGGGCACAAACAUAUUAAUAUCAUUGACAUCUGUGCUACAUGACAAUAAAGAAUUUCUAAGACCUGAGACUUUUGACCCUGGACACUUUCUAGAUGACAAUGGCAAGUUUAAAAAAAGUGACUACUUCAUGCCUUUCUCAGCAGGAAAACGUAUUUGUGUGGGAGAGGCCCUGGCCCGCAUGGAGCUGUUUUUGUUCCUGACUACCAUUUUACAAAAUUUUAAUCUGAAAUCAGUGGUUGAUCCAAAGAAUCUUGAUAUCACUCCAGUUGUCAAUGGAUUGACUUCUGUCCCACCCUCGUUCCAGCUCUGCUUCAUUCCUGUCUGAAGAAGAGAAGACUGCCUAGCUGUUUCUGUGCUGUCAUCUGCUAUCCCCUCCAUUGGAGCACAGACUACUUCCUUCCUCCAUUAAGAAUGGCUUCACUGAUCUCUCCUUUCCCACUUCCCCAUGCAAUCAAGAUCCAAGGAACAUCCAAAGUCCAUUUUGUAGAGUUUCAUUGUUUACUGCACGAAUAAUGAUGGUAUUUCCUAUAUUCAUUGACUACUCCAAGUGUUGAUGCUUAUGUAAUGCUAAACUAUUGAUAUGUUAUCUCUACUAAAAAGUAAAAUAUUUUCUUCUACAAAUUCAGAA